AUGACAGGCGAACAGAUUAUUUCUCCUGGAGCCAAGCAAGGGAUGCUUCCUCUUGUUGUCCCUCUAUCCAAGAAUAAUUCAGGUUCAGUAACUGCAUUGUUAAGAUGGCCAACUGCUCCCACUGGGAUGGAGAUGCCUGUAGUAGAGGUUCGCAAGUAUGGCGUGUGGCUUUUGGCUAAGAAUGUCGAGCAGUAUAUCAACAGAAUAUUAGUAGAAGAAGAUGUCAAGAACUCUAAAGAAAGAAAUGAUGAGCUGUUUCAUGUUUCAUUUCCUGCUGCGAAUAAGUUCUAUGAGAAGGGUGAUUUUGUUGCAUCUCAGUUGUCAAGCAUAGAGAGCUACCUUUUGAAGAAGGUGGGUUUGUUUCCAGACAUAUUAGAACGCAAAGUUAAGCAGCAUUUUGACAACGGAGACCAUGUUUCAGCUAUGGUGACCGGGGAAUUCUACACUAAGAGGGAGCACUUUCCAGGAUUUGGGCGUCCCUUUGUCUUUAAUGCAGAAGUUUUGUUGAAGGUUGGACGAAAUGUAGAAGCCAAAGAUUCUGCAAGGGUGGCUUUGAAAUCACCUUGGUGGACAUUGGGAUGUGAGUAUCAGGAAGUUGCUGAUAUGGCUCAAUGGGAGGACGAGCAAAUUGAGUUCAUCCAAGAGAAAGUGUCAGAUGAGGGAAGGCAAGAAGAUCUGAAAAAGGGAAAAGAACCUGCUCAGAUUGCACUGGACGAAGCUGCCUUUUUAUUGGAUUUAGCUUCUGUUGAAGGGACAUGGGAUGCAUGCGUAGAGAGGGUUGCUGACUGUUACAGCGAGGCUGGGCUUCAUGAUAUUGCGAAAUUUGUUCUUUACAGAGACUAGUAUUAGAUUUGAGCAUGAAAUCUAUGCAUUUGUGCUUUUAUGCAUUCAAUUUUUGUUCUACCAAUGCCUACUGCGACUUAUGGUUAAGAGAGCAUUUGAAUCACAAAAAUCAAAAUAAUUAUUUCUGCCAAAAUUGGAUUUUUUUCCAUAUGGCUUCUUGAUUACGGAAGACAAAAUUAUACCCAAAAAAAUAAAAAAAAUUGUUCCAUGUUUCAUUUAUGUGUAAUGUGUACAGGUUUUGCUUCUAUCACAUUUCUGAUAAUACAGGUUUUCCCCAACUCACUGGGGUAUUGCUAUCGAACUGAUGUGGGAGGCCCUGCCAUUUUAUGUUGCGAUUACAUCAGAAAUCCUUGUACCGUGUUUCAAUUGGCUAACAUUGAUCCAGCAAAGCCUUUCAUGAACAUGUAUUUUAGAAGAUACUUGCGAGAAGUAUCUCUUUGCGAUGGCAUUUCUAGCAGUUGCUGGAAUAAAAUCGGCAAUUUCUGAUUAAUUUCACAAUUUCAUAACAUUUUUGUUGCUCUGAUUCUAUUCCGUUUCCGUUUUUCUUGGUUUUAUACAGAUGGACAACACGAUAUGGUUGUGUAUUUAUCUUCUUCAUUCCUCUCUAUACAGUAUGCACAUAUUAGACAACAAUAUUUCGGAUGAGCAACACAAACAGCACUAACUAUAAAGUUUGUAUCCACCAACCCUCUUCUAGAUCAUGGGAAAGGUGUUUUCUUGCCAUUACUUCUCUUUUUCCACCAGAUUAACUUUUUUAGAAAACUCUUGCUGUCUUUUUUCUUACGAGGGACAAUAGCCUUGUGAACAAUUGCAUUUCUGUCUGCAUCAUGACCAGUUUCAUUUAGAUCGGUAAAGUUACUCACAGGCUCUGAUGUUGCAUUGUUGCUAAAAGCAGAAUUAUCGUGUCCAUUCUCAGUAGCAUCUUCUGUUUUGGGUGAGACACCAAUUUGAACAUUAUUGUCUUCUGCUAACAUCUUAUCUAGUAGGGACAGUCUUUGGUUUCCAUUUCCUUUAGAAGUUGACAUGCGGGUAAUAACAAGAUCAGCCGGUGUUGAUAAAACCUUUUCAAAAAGGUCUGCAUCUUUAGGGGAAGCCAAUGCCUUUAAUUGCUUCCCCAGAUUUCGGAGGGUUUCUUGGCACUCAGCCAAUUUAUCUGAAGCCGAAGUAAUUUCCGCAUCAUUUUGAAGUUGACUUUUGUCAUUUGUAACUUCUUUGCUUCUCUC